CCUUCAUACAUGAAAAUAUUGCAAGGAAACGUUUGAAACAUUAAUGCAGAGAUUGAAAAUAGUGCAGUGCAUAUUUAAUCGGUUUAGUGGUAAUUUGUGAUCAUAUGUGGAGUAUGGGAUGACAUAAUAUGAAAUAACUUCGCUAAUGGGUCUAUUAAUAGUGUCGCUGUGGUUAUGGCUGCUGCCAGCGAUGGUUUUAUCUGGAGUGCCACGGGAGAUGGAAGAAGAUACAGAAGAUUCUUGCAGGAGCUACAUUCACGAGAACCUACUCUAUAUAGAUUGUUCUGAUAGGGGUCUCAAUGACCUGCCAGAGGGACUUGAUAUAAACGCUCAAGUCCUGCUUCUGGCGAACAACAAUUUCAUUACGUAUCCAUCACAACUUGAGAAAUUUACGAAAGUUGAAAUUAUGGAUCUUUCUGGAAACCGUUUAACCGGUUCUUUACCUGCCUAUUACGAAAAUUUUAAGGAAUUGAAAAUUCUUAACCUAUCGAACAAUAACUAUGAUUCUUGGUUAAGUAGCGAUUACUCGCUCAGUAUUAAGAAAUUAGAUCUAUCAAAAAAUAAAAUAAAUGGGAUUGAUGAAGAUACUUUCUCAAAAUUUCCGCGGUUAGCGAUAUUAGAUCUUUCUGAAAAUCGUAUAUAUGAUCUUCCCAUUGGUAUAUUUGAAAAGGCCACCAGUUUAGAAGUCUUAAUAUUAUCUAGAAACUACUUUUCUGAAGUGCCCAAGUUUCAGUCAUCAUCGUUAAAAAAUUUACGCUUAAGCAGUUGUCAAAUAACGAACUUCCAAGUCAAUUCUUUAAGUGGAAUGCAGUCUUUGCUUGAAAUCGAUUUAUCUAUAAACCAAAUCGAAUCUAUUCCAGAUAAUUUAGCAUCAAACUCUUUACAAGAAUUAGAUUUGAGUUACAACGAAAUCGAUACCCUCACAGACUUGACGUUCUCGUCUCUACCGCAUUUAGCGGUAUUAGAUUUGAGGUGUAACGAAUUUAAGGAAGUAUGGUCUACGUCACACUUCGCCUCAAACCCAUUUUUGAGAGAAGUUCAUGUGAAGGGAAACCGAUGGAGCUGUGAGGGCUUUAACGUGAAUCUACUAUUGACAUAUGAAUAUCUAACGAAGGAACCGCCCAAGGUAUUUGAUAAAGGUUCAUUGAUAUGCUACUCGCCCUCCAACGUUACUCAAAUGAGUUGGCAACAAGCUUACAUAAGAACGUGGCAUGCAGAUGAAAAGACAAUGUCUUCGUACACAUUUAUGGCUGUAAUCAUUGGCAUGAUUAUUGGCGUUAUACUAACCUCGUUCGUUUGCAGAUUUCUUAUUUCUUCAAACAGACCUAAUCCACCACGCCCUACCCCUGAAACGACAGUUUUGAACGGUAAUGCAACACAGGCAAGUACGGAAUCUGUGGUCAUGAGAGUUCCCCUAAGAGAAGAUUUGCCUCCUACGUAUGACGAAGCUCUUUUAAUGCCAAGACUGAAUUCUUCCUUCCAUUCACUUCCGGACUUCGUUGACGAAGAUGAAAAUACUGACAGAAGAAAUCGCAGAUCUAGGUCAAUUGGAGAUUUAACAGAGACUAGACCAAGAGUUGGCGAUAGACGAUCAGUAAGGCGAACAGUUGAAGUUCGUAUACACUGAUUUUGUAUUAUUUCUUAUAUUUAUUGUAAAUUUUAUUCGUAAAAUAUAUGUUAAGUACAUAGUCGGUUUGGUUGAGCUAAAUGAUAAU